AUGGGUCGUUACAUGGUCGUGUUAAGCGGUGGUCCUCCUUGGGGUUUACGCUUGAGUCAAGAUGAGAAAAUGCAACCAGCAAUCACACUGUUACUCCCAGAUGGUCGAGCUAUCCAAUCGGGACUUCAAUUGGGCGAUCGUAUCAUUUCAAUUAAUGAUCGUCUAGUUAAAUGUGUCACUCAGACACAUUCAAUGUUGCAGAAAAGUCGUGGAAGUGUUCAAAUCGAGAUCGAGAGAUAUUCAGCAAAUCCUUUGCCAUUCGCAUACCCAGCAAACAAACCCACUUUUUCACCACCGAAAACCGUCAAAUCUUUUGGUGAUCGACAUUAUCGAGGAGCCACUGAAGAUAAAAAGCGAUUCUUUGAGAAUCUCAUCGAAAAUGAAAAUAUUGACAAAGUGAUGAAAGUCCCGAAACGACAAUUAGAAAUGAGCCCGAUUGAGCAAAUGAUCGCUAGCACGGAGAGCGAACAAGCAAGUACGAUUGGCUACGAUUCGGUGUUUGCUGAUUUGAUGGCCAGUGGUGUUGAGAGAAGUCUCGAAUCGUCGAGCAUCACAACAAGUCAUCGAAUAUCACCCAGUAUCGACUCUGAGUUGAAUGCAAUCUUCAAAUCAUCGACAAACGCCAAUCCAUCCAUGAUGUACGAAGCUUAUGGAUAUGGAGAGCAUGAUUUAGAGGAUAUCAUCGAGCAACAGAUGGCCGCCGCCAAAGCCGCUCACCAAGCACAAACAUGGGGAAUGAGAGCCGAGAUACCUAAUGCGCAUCCAGCCGAGGGUUCAAUCGAGAUCCCGGGUCGACGAAGUGUCGCCGAAUUGGCAAACAAUUUGGCCGGCAGAUUGGAGGUCAAAGCCCCAAAUGGUCAAUCAGCUGGUCGUCCUCGAACACCCGCCAAUUCUGGAGGGUCCAUUCAAUUAGGACGAGUUCUCGAAGAGAAUCCAAACAUUGAUGUUGCAAAUUCAGCGGAUAGACCAUAUUUGGGAAGGGUACUCGAUGGACCGGUUGAUCCGAGGAAAUACUUUCAGGGCGUCCCGCCGCCGAGUGCUUUACAGGUGGUCUCUCCACCGGUUCAGCGAAAAACCCCAAACAUUGCACAAUCGUUUCUGAAAGCUCAAGCUAGUGCUCGACCCACACAUUCACUCUCGUCCAACUUCAGAAAUGGUGUCCAUGCGGGUCUCUCGAAUAACGGUUUCGCUGACCCAAACAACUCGCCAGGUUUCUAUCGACGACAUUGGGGAAACGGACCAAACAAUCAAUUUACGAAAAAUGGAGGAAAUCAAAUCACAAAUCUCACCUCUGUUUCCACUCCUCAAACUCAAAAUGACCACUCCACUGUUACUUUUUCAACCAAUCCCACCAAUUUUGAGCCCCAAUUUGGCCUUGAUAAGAUUAAUCAAAAAAUCGAUCUCAUGGUGAAUCCGAAAGUUCAAAAUCGAGUCGAGCCAAAAGAGACGGCAAUCGAUGAACCGGAAAUGCUGCCGAUUGAUGGAAUAGUGAAAGAGAAUGCAGUGACUCCACUAAAGACUACAGUCAUCACGAAAUCCUCCGUUUCCUACAAUCAUCCGAAUGCUCAAACGAUUCAGCCAGCAAAAGAACACAAGGGGAAUCCAGAAAGUCUAGCGAUUCGACCACAAACGAGUGAAGAACAAGACAUGAGACCGAUCGAAGUUUCCCCGCAAACCGAUUCAACUCCAGUUCUGGGUGAUCGAAAAGUCGAAGAAUCGAUCGUUCAACCAAACGAUUUCGAGAAUACAAACACGGAAAGUAGUGAAACGAGUGUCGAGGACACGAAAAAGCUCAAGAUCCCACCCCCAACUCCACCAAAACCAACGACACCGCUGCAUUUUGCUUCACCGGCAGAAGUUCCCAAUGAAGAUGGAUUGGAAAUUGAAAAGAAUGCUGCCUCCGAAUUGGCGACAAGUCUUGCUCAUCAGCCGGUCAAAUCAAAAACCCACAAUCCGGAUGUGCAUCAAGCACGCACGACUCCCGUCAUUUUUGAUCGUUUCGCUGAUGGGGAUGAAGAUGAGAAAUUGGCAAGUGCACCACCACGUACGAUGGAUCUCGAGGCUUCGGCUUUACCUCAGAAACAAUUCGUCUACAGCUCAAACACGGCCGAUCAUUAUGGAACGAUUCGAAGGGGGAAAGCCUCAUUGAUUUCUCCAAUGUCAACUGUGAGUUCUUCAUUGGGCACUCCGCGUCUCAGCACGACGACAAAUGAUAGUGGAUUUGAGGAAAAUCUCACUGCAACACCAGCCACUCCAUCGUAUGGUUCUCUAUCGGUGAACACGAGCACAUCAUCGAGACCCGUCAGUGAGGAUUUUUAUGGCACUUCGACAACCUCAACAGCCGCCUCAUCAUCCACAUCAACAGUCGAUGGUCUUAUCGAAAAAAGACCAAUUUUCGAGGAAGAUAUGUCGAAUUGGUAUCGAGGAAUGUACAAAAGAAUGCAUAAAGUUGAUGGGAAUGAUUCGAUUCUGAAGUACUACGUCCGAGAAGGGAACUCACCCAAUCCACAAUACGCAACACUUGGACGAGAUCGCCCGUGGACUCCAUCAGCUCGACUCGAGACGGCGGUUUGGGGUGGUGGUGGAGGAGAGGAAUUCGAAAAAGGAGAACAACAAGAAAGGAAACGAUCAAGAAGUGUGGGAAGGACAUUCGAGAAUACGAGUAACGUAUCAGCAGCCAAUCGAUAUGCUUUCGAGCGAAUGAAAUCCCCGGUUCCUCAUUUUCAUCUCCCAUCUUUUCGUUUAAACCCGCAACCGCAUCCAUGUUCGUCAAAAAGUCUUCCCACAAAUUGUCUCCUCAACCCAUCAUCAUCUCAUCCAUUUCAUCCAUCAACUCCGUGCCUUCCUGUUGGAUCGUUUUGCACCCGACGAAUCUCUCCAUCAGCUGCUAACAUUUGUUUGAGAUGUGGAUGGCCUCGACGAGAUCCAAGUUGGAGAGAGAUCGAUGAAAUUUAUGAGAGAAUCGGAGAAACAAAGCGAAAAGAGAAACAAAAAGGAUUGUAUGGAUUGACGAGGAAAAGUAGCCACGAUUUACACCGAGAAGCUGCCGCUAACAGUAUCACUCGACGUUUGGACGAGACGGCGCUCGAAUUAGAGAGAUUUGUGGAGGAUUUGGAUCGGUGUUGGAAGCGGUCGAUCAGCUCUCCAUCAUUGAAUAUUCAUCAAACAAUAACAAAAUCAGCCACAUUCAAUCCGGGUGAAUUGGCUGAAUUGACGCGACUCACGCGAGAAGAGCAAAUGUAUCGGCAAAAAGCCGAGCGCUUAACCGAGGAGUUGGAGGCGCAACGAUCGAGACGGCAUGGAUAUAUUCCCUCCGCCGCGCCAGCUUUGCAGAAAAACGUGGAGCGAUUCACGGGGUUGUUGAACGAAUAUGGAAGAGAUUCGCCGUCAAAUGGACUACAGUCAGCUUCUCCAAUGCCGGCUGGACGCCGGAGUACAGUCGGCUCGUCGGCUCCGACAAACGUACUCACUUGUACUUGCAUCUACAAAUUCACCGCGCAUAAUGAAAGAGAACUUCCCUUAAACAAGGGCGACAUUGUGCGACUGCAUCGCGAGAUUGACGCCAAUUGGUUAGAAGGGGAAAGAAAUGGGAGAGUUGGGAUAUUUCCCAGAAGUUAUGUGCAGAUCGAGUCCGAAUUCGAGCGAACCCCGGUCAAGUAUCGAUCCGUUUACCCAUUCACCGCCCGUAACUCAAACGAGAUGUCGCUGAAAGUGGGUCAAUUGGUGACUUUCCGACGUGAGAUCGACGCGAAUUGGAUGGAAGGAGCGAACAAUUUGGGGGAAAUCGGCAUUUUCCCGAGUGGUUAUGUGAGAAGACAAGAGGACACCGAUUUUAUCCCAACAACGACACCAGAUCGACCGAAAACCCCACACAACACUUUGCAAAUGAGACCACCUGAGUAUCAUGAAAGUACCCCAGAAGAGCCGACCCUGUGCUUGCCACAUCCAGUUGCCGAGAACACACAACAAACUAAUGGAAUUACACCCAAUCACCCAAAUCCGCAAACAUAUCAAAUGAGCAGACAAAACAAUCCAAACCCUUCUUAUUCCACUUCAUCUUUCCCCGGUAUCGACAAAACGAGAAGAUUCAAUGACUAUGAAGAGGAAACCGACAAAUUGACCGAAUGGAGUAACCGAAAGAAAGCCCCGAAUCUUUCCUCUUCAACUACAAGAGGAGAUCCUCCAAUUUCUUCAGCACAACAACAUUCAUCACACAUUGUACCACAAAACUCUGAGACAUAUCGAGCUCUUUAUCCAUAUGUACCGAUGAAUGAAGAUGAAUUGGAGUUGCAGGUGAACGAUAUCGUGUUUGUCGUCGAGAAAUGUGAUGAUGGAUGGUUUAUUGGUACUCUUCUCCGAAACGGACAAUUUGGGACUUUCCCUGGGAAUUACGUUGUCCGGCAU